UCUCUACCAAACCCUACACUUUACUCUUUUCUCCUUUCUUCUCUACCAAACCCUACGAAGGUUUUCUCUCAACAUUUCUUCCCUUUCUUGCUUUCUCAAUCUCAUCACUUUCUCCCCUCUCUUCUCUGAUCAGUCGCCAACGCGUGUGAACUCGUCGCCGUGCUAUCAUCGGAGGCAGCUUCUUCCGUUGUCGCAUCGCGCUCGUGCCUCAUUUAGAAGGAAAAAAGGGGAUGCAUGUGAAUACGUCUUCUUUUCGUCAAAGCAAAUACCCAACAAUUCCUCUUUUAACCGCUCGCCAUGCUUAGCUUGCUUCCUGCAUUUGGCAGCUCAAAUCCAUGGAAGAAACUAAGGUCUCUUCUUCCUUUUUCACUCAUUCUUCCUUUCAUUUACGUCCUCGAUUUUGUUUCUGUUCCAUUACUCUUUCUAUCUAAUGCUUCUUCUCCCGUUUUCUUCACGCAAUCUCUUCAUUUCAUCAAACACUCCGUUUUUCCAUUUCAAUCUCUGUUCCUCUGUAUCUGGGGUUUCUUUGUUUUUUUCGAUCGUUUGCUUCGAUUCUUUGUCGCCUUCUGAUUUUUCUGUUUCUACAUUUCUUAGAAUCCAAGUUUCUAGUUGGGUUCUCCCUGUUGAUAGAUUUUAGAUAGAUUUUUUUGGCUUUUGGGAUUGGUAAUUGAAUUCCGCGUACAAUUUGACUUUUUGGGUCUAUUGGGUACCCUUGUUUUCAAUUUCAACUAAACUACGAGCGAGUUGUUUGUUGUUUGAGUUUCUCCCGGCGGUUUGAGUAUGGGUUGUUUCUUCAAUUUACAUCGCAAAACCAAGAUUAAGAGAGGGGGAGAUUCGGUGAAGGAACUUAAUCGAAGUAAUAAAGCGGAUCGUAAACCUACCAAUCGAGGGAUUGAAGCACUGGAAACUUUGCCUACGCCCCGGAGUAUACCUGAGUUGUACAAAGAAAAAGAGCAUACUCUGAGAGUUUUCACUUUUGAAGAGCUCAAAAUUGCGACUAAUGGGUUCAGCAGGUUGCUUAGGAUUGGAGAAGGUGGAUUUGGGAGCGUAUAUAGGGGGCAGAUUAGGCUUGAAGGUGAUCAGGGAGAGGAAAUUAUAGUUGCUAUCAAGCGACUUAAGUCAAAUAGCUCACAGGGUCACAAACAAUGGCUUGCAGAAGUUCAAUUUCUUGGUGUUGUUAGUCAUCCAAAUCUGGUAAAACUUUUGGGAUAUUGUUCAGAAGAUGGAGAAAGAGGGAUCCAACGACUGUUGGUCUAUGAAUUCAUGUCUAAUGGAAGCUUAGAAGAUCAUCUCUUUAGCAGGAGUAGGAUUCUUUUGACUUGGAAAACUAGGCUACAGAUUAUCCUUGGUGCAGCUCAAGGAUUAGCUUAUUUACAUGAAGGAUUAGAAGUCCAGGUGAUUUAUCGCGACUUCAAAUCAUCAAAUGUACUAUUGGAUGAAGAAUUCUCUCCUAAACUUUCGGAUUUUGGGCUUGCUAGAGAAGGACCAACUGGUGAUCACACACAUGUGUCCACUGCAGUGGUUGGGACAUAUGGAUAUGCAGCACCUGAGUAUGUCGUCACAGGACAUCUAACAAUGCAAAGUGACAUAUGGAGUUUUGGAGUAGUGUUGUAUGAGAUCCUAACAGGCAGGCGAACUCUUGAAAGAAACCGCCCAACUGGAGAGCAAAAGCUAAUGGAUAAGUUUUGAAGCACUAACCAUUAA